AUGGGGCGCCGCGACUUCCCUCUGCCCCGCAGAGACUUCCCGGACUUCACGGCCUCGCCCGAAGUGCACCAGGACUGCAGGGACCUGGCCACCAAGUUGCUGGCCCACACAGUGCACGAGUUCGAGCGCUACGCAUACGACGAGUCGGGCGUGGUGGAGCGCCGACGGUGGAAGGCCAAGUCGACCAAGAACGACAUCACGCUGUACCGCGAGCGGGACGGCGGCUCCAUGGGCAUGGUGCUGGCCGACUCGCUGCACCGACUCGUAGAGAAGCAGGAGAUCUUCUCCCCGACUGCAGCGACGAUGAUCCCGCCGACGCUGCUGCUGGUUGGAACCAGACAAGGCUUCGUAGAGAACGCUAUGAGCACGCUGGUGACCUUGACCCAAGACGAGUUGGCGCUGGUUGUAAAGUUUCUGCAUGGGGACGUCGCUGACUGCGCCGUGCUCUAUACGAUGGAGGGCCCGAGUCCGAGCAAACCCUUCCACUUCCUCGGCUUCAAGUUCUUCGUGACGGAGUCGGCGACCGACGCGCGGAUCAUCAAGCGGCGCCACAGCGUCUACCUCGAGUACACGGGGCUCACGCGGUCGAGGACGGGGGAGGUGCUGGGCUACCACAUGAUGCAGUCGGUGGCGCUUCCCCAGUUCCCGGAUCUGUCGGGUCAUAACUCGGUGUGCGCCAUGACGUCGAUGCGCUUCAUCUACCGCCAGAAGAGCGACGGCUUGGUGGAGAUCUUCAUGCUCGGCAGCAUUGACGUCUCCGGGUGGCUCAUUAAGCCCAUGGCCACGAUGGUGGUGGAGGACGUGACCUUCGGCAUGACGCGGAUGCUCGACUGCUCCGAGACCAAGCGCCUUACUCAGAUGGCGUGCGAGUUCCAGAAGCGCAAGAAGGACGAGCGCCUUGGUCGGAGACCAAUGCGUCAGACGUCGCUGGGCAACGACUCGUGCUGCUCCGUGUGCCAGCGCGAGCGCAAGAGCGGCUUCGGCGGCGUGCGGCUCGUGCCGUGUCUGGUCUGCGGGCAUGUGGCCUGCUCGCGCUGCCGGGCCAACAAGCAGAUCUUCGUGACCAGCAACGACGGACUGCUGGGCAAGCUCGUCAAGGUGCCGGUGUGCAGCGUCUGCACCAUGACGGCCAACAUCAGCUACUACGAGCAGCAGUACCGAGCCCAGCAGAAGAGCAGCUCGGGCGAGGAGAUGGCCUUCCAGCCCAUGCACCUGUCCGACCGAUACGACCGCGAGGACUCGCUCAGCAUCUCGGGCUCGAGCGGCAGCAGGCUCGGAGGCUCCGGCUCGGCCAGCGAUUUGAGGCGCUACUUCAGCGCUGCUGCCAGGGAACGAGACCACUCGGCUGAGCCCCAGAGCAGGCAGACGGAAGCAGCGCGAUACGGACCCCGAUGA